AUGAAAUCUAGUAUUUAUUUAUUAAUAUUAUUUAUCUUCAAUGUUUCCACAGAUAAUUCUCCAUCAUUUUGUUUAUGUGCAUUAAAAAAUGUUUUGAAAGAUUAUGCAUUACUAACUACAGAUAGAAAUCCACCACGUUAUUAUUCAUCGGAUCCGAACGAUAUUGGUUUUUAUAUUGUUCCAUCGAAGUGGAAACCAGUUAAUAAUGCAACAUGGAGUGAACUUGGUGCAAUGAUAAAUGCUCCAUCCGGAAUGUAUACUUAUAUUAGUCUUGAUGGUAUUCAUCCGUUAGAUAAUGGUUUAACUAUGAAUAGUUUUCGAUCAGCAUAUUUAGCUGAUAUUCUUGCUGAAUAUCGUUUAAUUACGGAUAAAGUUGAAAGUUAUCAUGAAAAUAUGAUUAAAAGUCGAACAGAAACAUGUUCACAACAAUCAAAGAAAUCUGUUAUUGGCUCUGAUUUAAAAGAUAAAUGGGCACGAUUUUUUGUACCUCCUGUUAAUUAA